AUGCCACCCCCACAAAGCUACCCUCCCGAACUGACGGCCGCGGAAUCCGAGCAACUGCUGUCCACUAUCAAAGACUGGUCUAUUGCCCAUGGCUUGGCCGUGAGACCACCACUCUCUCUCGUAUCCGCCGAGACAGAUCCUCAUGGGGUUCUGGCAACCACUGCUCCUGUCACCUUAUUUCCAAGCCCCUUUCCUCGUGUCUGUUUCGAGCAAGCAAAGUCAAUACAGCGAGCAUAUAAUCACUUAUACGCUUUGAUUGCACAGGAUGAAGAGUUUUUGAGGGACAUUGUGCAAGAAAUUCUUGAGGUUGACGAGUUUAUUGCUGAGUUAUGGCAAGUCCAUCUAAAAGUCAAAGAGGAAGGAUAUGUUCAGAGUCUCUCCCUGGGGCUUUUCCGGUCAGAUUACAUGGUCCAUCAAGCUACCAAUGAUGAGCCCCCCGUCAUAAAACAGGUCGAGUUUAAUACCAUUGCUUCUUCAUUCGGUGGCCUGUCGUCUCAAACCUCCAACCUACACAGACAUCUUUGCCUCGCCGAUUAUGGUCUGCUGGAAAAUCCAUUGUCCACGAAAGAAUUAGACCUCCCCGAAAACGAGAGUACAAAAUCCUUGGCUUCAGGUAUCCGGGCUGCUUACAAUACGUAUACUCAACUCGAGCCCAUACAUAACUGCUGUGUAAUCUUCUUGGUGCAAGAUCCCGAACGGAAUAUCUUUGAUCAACGGUACCUCGAAUUUGAACUGCAGCGGAAUGAGUCUCCUAUUCCUGUAUUCCGAUUACCAUUUGCCAAAGUCCUCUCCCAAACCACUAUAGCCAAUACACCUCGAAGGCAGCUUCUGUACCACCCGCCAAGCAAUGCCUCCAAAAUCUUCGAGGUUGCCGUCGUUUAUCUACGUGCAGGUUACGGGCCACAAGACUAUCCGGAUUCAACAGCCUGGCAAGCACGCCUGCAAAUUGAACGGUCAAACGCCAUCAAAUGUCCAACCAUUCUUACCCAACUUGCCGGCGCGAAGAAAGUCCAACAAGUGCUCGCAACACCCACUUCUUCCUCGGAACCCUCAAUCCUUACACGAUUCUUGAAGAACAGCACGGAUGAAGUUGACAACCUCUCCAAAACAUUUACCAACAUCUACCCGCUCGACGACUCGCCUGCUGGCCUUGAAGCUCGCAAAUUAGCGGUCGAUCCAGAGCGCUGCAAAGGCUACGUUUUAAAACCGCAGCGCGAAGGGGGAGGAAACAACAUUUACCGGACCGCGAUCCCACCUUUCCUGAACUCACUCCCAGAAACACACUGGAAGUCGUACAUCCUAAUGGAAAUCAUCAUGCCCCCUCCAGUUCGCAACCUGAUAUUGCGGAACGGUGUGAUAGAAAACGGGGGAGUGAUUUGCGAAUUGGGAAUUUAUGGAACGUGUCUGUGGGACCAGACGAGUAGAGAAGUGCUCCAUAACGAAGAAGCGGGGUAUUUGCUGAGGACCAAGGGGGACAAGAGUGAAGAGGGUGGAGUUGCGGCGGGGUUUGGAAGUAUGGAUAGCUGCAGACUAAUUUAG